AUGGAGGCGGAGGAGGAGCGGGCCGCGGAGGCGCAGCGGGAGAAGGAGGCCGGCAACGACGCCUACCGCAAGCAGUACCUGGAGACGGCCGUCGACCACUACACCCGCGGCGCCGCCCUCGACCCCCGCGACAUCUCCUUCCUCACCAACCGCGCCGCCGCCUACCUCCUCAUGUCCAAGGUCCGUCGCCCCCUCCGCCCCAAACCCUCGCCUUUCCCCCCGUCGCCCAUCUCUAUCUAUCCUUCACCGCGCCCCGGCGUCUCCUACCCGUUGCAGUACAGGGAGUGCGUGAGGGACUGCGAGGAGGCGGUGGAGAGGGGCAGGGAGCUCCGCGCCGACAACAGGCUGCUGGCCCGCGCGCUGUCGCGGAAGGCGGCCGCGCUGCUCAAGCUCGCGGCCUGCGCCGCCGACUACGCGCCGGCGGUCAGGGCGCUGCAGCAGUCGCUCGCCGAGCACUACUGCGAGGACACGCGCGACAAGCUGGACCAGGCGGAGACCGCCAGGAAGGAGAUCGAGGAGCGGGAGCGGCUGGAUCAGGAGGCCGCCGACCACCACCGCCAGAGAGGUAAUGAAUUGUUCCAGAGGAAAAAUUAUCAGGAAGCAACAGCUCACUAUACUGAAGCUAUUGAAAAGAAUCCAAAUGAUCCCAGAGUCUUCAGCAAUAGAGCUCAAUGCCACAUCUAUCUAGGAAAUCUGCCUAAAGGUCUGGAAGAUGCCGAAAAAUGUAUUGAGUUAGAUCCCACUUUCCUGAAGGGCUAUGUGCGUAAAGCGAAUGUACAAUUCCUGAUGGAGUAUUAUGAAAGUGCUCUGGCAACAUACAUAGAGGGUCUGAAGUGUGACCCAAACAAUCUCGUUGUAAUUGAUGGCUUAAGGAGAUGUGCAGCAUGCAUUAACAGAUCUAAUGGCGGUGAUGUUGGGCCUGAUGAUUUGGAAGACAUAUUGGGGAAUGUUAGUUCAGAUAAUGAUUUGCGUCAUAAACUCCAAAAACUCAUGGAAGAAGCUGCAGCACUCAAGAAGGAAGCCUCUGAUGAGCGCUUGAGGCGGAUUGAAUCUGAACGAAUGGCCAGGACAUCAGAGGACUUAUAUUUAAACCAAGUCCAACAACGAAGAGAAGCUGAGGAAUGUCUUUCGAAAAUAGAACAAGAGUUCCAACAACUUAAAGUUCGGCAAGAUGAGGUCAGCGAGGAAUUUCAGAAAGCCACCGAGCACAAUGAGAAUCUUCAGCAUCAGCUCACAGAAACAAUAAGGGCGCUCGAGUCCAUGAGGGGCAACGCAACGUCAGCUUCGUCUUCGUCUUCGGGAUCAGUGCUGGAUGAAAACCACAUACCGUCGUACUUCAUCUGCCCUAUAUCUCAGGAUGUGAUGAACGACCCUCACAUUGCGGCGGACGGCUUCACCUACGAAGGCGAUUUCAUCCGGAGCUGGUUCAGCACGGGCAGCGACACGUCCCCGAUGACCAACCUGCCGCUCGAGCACGACGAGCUCAUCCCCAACAUCGCCCUCCGCUCCGCCAUCCAGGAGUGGCUCCAGCAGCAGAACGUGGCAGCAUGA